UCGGCACGUACUGUCCGUCUUAAGGAUUCAAACGGGUUUCCCUCAUUCUUUCAGUUCCCGACCUAACCCUCCAUUUUCACCUCAUCCAGAAGCCAAAGAACGAUGUUGAAGCUACAGCGAUGGUUGUCCAGGAACCAGCUAUUUGAACAAGUUGUGUGUAAGAAAGCUGUUCAUGUUGACCAUGCUUUUGGGUCACAUCCUUUCUCAUCUGGAGUCGGCAUUCCAAGACAAAAUUUUACUCAUACAGUCCCAAAGAAUGAAAAUGACCGAGUUUAUGCUGCUUAUAAUGUAUAUAAGGGCAAAGCUGGAGUCUCAAUGUUUCCUUGUCUGCCAACUUUCACUAAAUUAAAGUCUGGGAGUCUUGUAGUUGAUCGACGUGGUUCAGUACUGCUGACGUUCUUUCCUGCCAUAGGGGAGCGCAAGUAUGAUUGGACAAAAAAACAGUACUUUUCAUUGUCCCCAACAGAGGUUGGUACUUUAAUAAGUUUGGGUCCCAGAGACUCUUGUGAAUUCUUCCAUGACCCUGGAAUGCUUUCAAGUACUGCUGGUCAAGUAAGGAAGAGCUUAACAAUUAAGGCCCAUGCAGAUGGCAAUGGCUAUUUCAUCUCUUUGAAUGUUGUUAAUAACACGCAAAGUACCAAAGAAUUCUUGAGUGUUCCCUUCACAGCAGGCGAAUUUUCUGUGAUGAAGACAGCUUGCAGUUUUGCCCUGCCUCACAUUCUUGGUUGGGAUCGGCUGACAAAACCCAGUCUUCGCAUGGAAAAGGGUUUUCAACCAAAUAAGGUGAAUCGUGAAGGAUUGAGUUUAGAGUGGGAAAGAUGAAUCUUCAUAGAAGAUGUGCUGAAUACUGAUAAUGUUAUUUGCUUUUAGAAGUUUAUUUGAUUACGUUACACUCUUCACAAUCCACUAUGGAUUCUCGGAGCUAGAAUUGGUUACACAAAUCCAUUCAUUUUGUUGGCUCCCUACUAUCACAAGUGAUGGAUGUGUUCGUACAAUCUCUCUUUCGAAUCAGAAACACUAGUUCGUGUUGAAUACUAAAUCGUUGUUGGUAUAAGUAUCUAAGAGGAACUUUCUAUUUCCAA